AACAAUAUUACUAUGCCGGCCCAUCUUUUAAUUCAGCUCGCCCGGUAUAUCUAUUACACCUCCCGUGUCCUUUUUUGCCGCAACAUCUCCCUCCGAACUCUUUCCACACACACCCAAAACCAGCGCAAAGACAAAAAGACCCAACGGGACCAAAGACCAAACAAAGAACUUUCCAAGCAUGCUGAUCUUACCUCACUACUACAGCAAAGUGUUAUCCUUGUCCCAUGGGUUCCUUCGUUUUAUCUCCUACUAUUUGUUUCUGCAAGCUACUACAGAGGAUGGAGCAGGUCCAGAACAAGCCGACCAAGGACGAUUCGAUUCGAGCCACGAAACCCAGUCUCCCCUGAUCGACCUGAGCGUAUCAGGGACUCUCUUUACCAUUCGAAGGGAUUUGUUGGCGGAGAACAAAGGAAUCCUGUCCAACAUUGACGAGCCAGACAAAGGCCCCCACGGGAUCCAUCACGAAGGACGAUACUUCAUUGACGGAGAUCCCAUUGCGUUUCGUUGGAUUCUACACUAUCUAAGAUAUCAAUCCCUUCCGUCUCCCAUUACCCAGUCCCUUACUGAACUGGAGUGUAUCCAGCAACUGGCCGACUGUUUGUGCUUCGAACCACUGCUCGCCUAUCUCAACGGGUGCAUCGAACAGUGUAAUCAGGCGAAAACCCGAAUGGAGGAACUGGAGGAAGAGAUUGAGAGACUAAAGCGGGAUCAUGCAGAAGAACUGGAGGGCUUGAAAAGUUUGCAUGAAAAUGUCAACGCGGUGGAUGGUAUCCGGUUCCUGAGUCACAAGACCAACAAUGUGGCCUGCAAAUUGGCGGAUAUGGACAGCCAGCGGCCAGGAGAUGAAUCUAUCCAAGAUUCGAUGCCCCAACUGUGGAGAUGGGGUGGACAAGCAUCACUGCGAGAAAACCUUUUGGGCAACGAACAGAAAAGCCAUGGUCGUUGAGAGAUCUACUCAAACGAGGUCAUUUGACUUUGAAGGGGAGCAAAAGCGACAUCUGUAUGUGAAGAAAUUCUUGGUGCGUGGCUUCGAAGAAACGUUCUGUAACCGCAUAUAUUGUUGCCCAGCUUCUGUUCAUAAUGUGCGUGAGGCCACUCGAGAUUACAACAGCUGUCAUUCUCUUCAUUGCUGCUUGCCAUGACCCAUCAAGUUUGUUGCGACUUGCAGCUAGCUAGAAGCCACGAGGUGACGAGCAACUCCUGCCAACAAUCCGAUCCGCUUGUGACUCUCUAUUUGAUUCAUAAGUUAUUUUAUUUUAUCUGACAUAACUCAUUUGAAAGAUAGAGUGAACAGACAUAAUACUUCUUCGUCCGCUGUUUCUUGGUGUUCCCAUCCCCAUGGCUGUCCUGAGACUGUGCUAUGCGCCGGCCUAACCCGCCACUCUGACCGUCUUCAUUGUUAGGAUCA